UCAAUUGCAAAUACCGCUGUCCUGAGGCCUCAUACCCAAGGCCUGAUGGUCUUACUUCGGGACUUGGCUCUUUUCAAGAUUCAUGCAGCACUAAGGGAAGUUCCUUCCAAUUGUUACUGUUUCUCAGCAGGGGACCGAUAGCUUUUGGCCAGAUAGUUCCUGCCACCCCCAACCCUUCAGCUUCUAGGACAAAGAAAACACAUGUAUUUUCAGGUGCCCCUAGGGCACCUCAAGUCCUUGCUGAGAAACACUGGCUUCCAUCAUUCCAUCCCAAUUCUCUGAACCUCAAAGUCAUACAUCAGAUGGAUGCGAAAACAGUUAACCUUUCCCAGAGGGGAUAGUGUUGGAGAUUAAAUAGGUUAUGGGACAGCACUUCAAAAACAGUGUCUCACAUAGGAAGUGUAACCAGCCACAUUACUUAAUUGUCUCAGAAAUCUACUUGUGUUUUACUCACCAUUGGGGGCCUUAUAGAAAAGACAGUCAUAUCGACCUCAGAUAAUGCUAAUCUUCUCUCCUCUCCAAGGGAUGUGAUUUUUCUUUUGUGUUGAGCAAUUCUCUACAGGGUAAAUAACAAUGUUGGGUGGCACUGACCACAGCAGGCACUUGUGAUUAGCAUCUGAUUUUAAUGUAUGAUAUUGGCUUUGGGAUUGAGACAAUGGUAAGAAAGCUUCCUUCUUGUUCUUUUUUUGGUGGUGGUGGGGGUGUAAUCAGGUUUUUGUUUCUUAUUUUUUUAUUAACAGAGGGACUGAGGAUUGAACCCAGGACCUCGUGAAUGCUAAGCACAGCCUCUACCACUGAGCUACACCCUCCCUCUUGCUCUUCAUCGUUAAGAUUUUUUUAAAUUUUUGGAUUACAUGCCUUUGCGGCAUCAAUUGUGAGAAUCGUAUAAUAUUCGUCGACCUGUGGGGUGCAUCCCCAAGCAUGACCGAUCCUUCAGCUCAUCCAAGGAAGCCAACCUGCAGGGGAUGCGCUCGGCCUUUCACGCAAAGCUGGCCGGGCUUGGGGUUUCACAGGGGUGGGCGUACUUCUUUUCUGCCCCUCGUCGCGAAAGGGGCUCUCGGCGGGGUCUGAGAAGCGCCCGCACCGCGCGCAGUAACGCUUGUUGGGCUGCCCCGCAGGCCUGGCGCCGGCGCUGGUUCGUGCUGCGGCGCGGCCGCAUGAGCGGCGACCCCGACGUGCUGGAGUACUACCGCCACCGGCGCUCCGGCCGCCCGCUGCGCGCCAUCGACCUGCGCGAGUGCGCCGUGCGCGCGCCCGCCGGCCCGGGCUGCGUGCGCAAGGAGUUCCGCGACCGCUUCGUGUUCGUGGUCCAGACCGCCGCUCGGGCGUUCUACCUGGUGGCCAAGACGGAGGAGGAAAUGCAGCUGUGGGUGCGGAGCAUCAGCCAGGUCUGCAACCUCGGCCACGUGGAGGACCGUGCAGAUUCCAUGGAGAGCCUCUCUCGCACAGCCUCCUCUGUGCAGCCAUCCCCCGCCAGCGCCCUUCACACAAGAGAUGACCCAAGCUCUAGUACUGUAGCCACUGAGGAGACCGGAAGUGAGUCAGAGUUUCUCUUCCUUCCUGAUUAUCUGAUUCUGUCCAACUGUGAGACUGGAAGACUGCGCCAUGCCAGCCUACCCACCAGACGUGAGAGCUGGUCCAACUCCGACCGCUCCUUGGAGCAGAUGUCAUCUGAUGACGUUUUCGUGGACAGCCUGCAGCCGCUGCCCCUCAGCAGUUUGAUGUUCCGCUCACGCCAGGGCAGUGGCCCUCAGGCUGCUCUGGUCUGGACUAGAGACACCAAUGGGCCACCCAGUGACCACUUUUCUUUACCAUUGCUGGAAACUUCCUUAAAGGCCAGCAUUCAGGUCGAAAAAAAUCAAGGUUCCUUGCCCUAUGGGGUAAAAGACCAAGACGUCCUGGCCCACACACCCCCUCCCCGGCCCCCUAAGCCAAGCCAUCUCUCUGAACGGCGCCUGGAUGAGCAGCUGGUGUGGAGUGGGCGCAGCAGCAUCGAGAAACCAGAAUGCACAAUGGUCCCGAGAAGAAUCUCUCUCUCUGGUCUAGAUAACAUGAGAACCUGGAAAGCUGAUGUAGAAGGCCAGUCUUUAAGACAGCGAGACAAGCGGCUAAGUUUAAAUUUGCCGUGCAGAUUUUUUCCCACGUACCCCGCAGCCUCGGCCAGUGCCGAAGACAGCUACGUGCCCAUGAGACCCCAAGCCACCACCUCUGGCCCCGGACCCCACGGCAGCCCUGAUGACUACAUCCCGAUGAGCUCAGGAAGCCUCUCAAGCCCAUUGCCUGACCUCCCUGCGGACCUGGAGCCUCCCCCGGUGAACAGAAACCUCAAGCCUCAGAGGAAACUACGGCCGCCUCCCCUGGACCUGAAAAACCUCUCCACCAUCCGGGAACACACAUCUCUAAGCAGGACCCGCACUGUGCCCUGCAAUCGAACCAGCUUUUUCUCUCCAGAAAGAAAUGGUAUUAAUUCUGCAAGGUUUUUUGCCAAUGCUGUUUCCAGAGAAGAGGAAGAAAGCUACAUCCAAAUGGAAGAGCACAGAACAGCCAGCUCCCUGACGUGGACAAAGAAAUUCAGCCUGGAUUAUCUAGCCCUGGACUUCAAUUCCGUGUCACCAGCCCCUGUACAGCAGAAACUUCUCCUUUUAGAGGAGCAAAGAGUAGACUAUGUCCAAGUGGACGAGCAGAAGACGCAGGCUCUCCAGAGCACAAAGCAGGAGUGGACGGAUGAGAGGCAAUCCAAAGUGUAAGACAGCUGGGCUUGCUGGGCCUGAGACUUGGGGCUUGCUUGGAGGUUUUCACUAGAAUUGCACUGAUGGUCAACACAGGUUAAGAUGCAGAGAGAACUUAUGGUACCUGUGGGCUUGGCAGAACCUUUGGGAGAGAGGACAUAUUUGGACACAUUGAACGGGGAGAAGAAGGAAGUGGUUUCCUGACAGAGGGGCCCUGGGGGAGCCCAGCCCUCCCCUCCCAACCCGUCGCAGCAGUGUCCCUCCCCAGCCACGCCUGCCCAUGCCCAGAGCCUCAGGGAGGCUUGGAGUUGGCUCCACAGUCACAAAAGACAGAGAUGGAGGAUUCCACUGGGAUGUAGAACACUCCACUCAGGCAGGGUAGGAACAAGAAAAAGAAGAGUUGGGAGGAUAAUUUCCCCAGUGUUUGGUUAAAGAGCUCUCCAGUGGAGCAUUUGGAGUGCAGACUGGAAGCAGUAUUACUACCAACAGGCUGACAUCGUUUGACUCCAACGCCUGAAAGUUUGAUCUGUCUCCUGUGCCUUCCAUUGGACUCAUAAAUUAUCCCAGGAGAGAGGCACCUGGAGAGUAUCGUGUCCCCAUCCCUGAAAGCGCGGUUGAAGAGAUCAAGCCUAGUGAUGGUGGCGGAAUCUGCAUUCCUCACUCCAAAGACUCCAGUGACAGAGGCGUCGAGUCCCGGGCUCCACGAUGACGGUAUCAGCUUACACUGGGGGCUCUAAGGAUCAUCUCUUCCCCUACAAGACCUUGGAAGCUAGGCUUGGCAGAGAUUGGUGCUCCCACUUUGAAGAAAAGAAUACUAAGAGCUGGAGGAGGGAACAUUUGGCCCAGGAUUACUCAUGGAGCCGAGACAUGGAGUCUCUUUCCACCGUCUCACGCUGCCUCUGAGGAUGCUGAUGAAGUCCAUCAGUUUGGUUAAUUCUGAAGAUGUGUGGGAAACACACGCCAACCCGGGAUGAGUCACCGUCUCCUCUCCCUUUCACAGGAUUUUGAGCAGGUGCUUUUAUACUUGAAAGGUAUGCAUGUCAAGCCAGGGUUUCUGUGUGUGGCGUUGAAACUGGGAACUCUAAGGUGAUCAGUAGUUCCCUUUAAAUACCUCUUGACAAUCUGUGUGAAUUCCAUCCCUGGUUCACGUGGUCCCCUCGCAGCGUGUUUCCCAUGAGCUGGCUAAUGCUGGUGGAAAAACUUAUGCCACCUCGGGGAGGGCUACCCCUGGCUAUCUUCUGCUUGACUCAAGCUUUUGUGUGACAGUUAUGAGCCGAAGAAAAUGAACAAACCAAAAAGCAAGCCCCAUUCUCAGGUUUCCUGGCUAAUGUUUCCCUCCUGCUUUAGUGGCGCCUAGACCUUGAGGAGGGCAGAUAUUCACACUGUGCAUUGAGGGCGGCUUGUCGCCUCUUCCUUUAUGGGGCACUGGGGUUCAGGGGCCCCAGACAAAAGUCUCAAUCUGACACAGAGUUUUACCUGAUGCUCUUUCCUGAGCCUUCUGAGCACCUGCAGGCAGAAGACAGAUCUGAACAAGUGGGUAGUAAGCAGAUACUGACCUACUGUUCUGUCCCUGUGUCUUAUACAUGAGGCUAGAUCACGUAGGCAGGCAGGUCUCUGACAGUUGGGGUUAGUCAGAGCAAUUGUCAGCCUUAUGCAGAGUUUCAUGGUUUUGAACUGCUCCAAAGGUAAGUGUCAACAUCUUGGUUUUUCAGACCAUAAAAGAAGUAAUUUUGAUGUUCCAAGCAGCAGGAUCUGGUGACAUAAUUUUCUUCCUGGAACAAGAUGGGGGAACACUGCCAAGUGCUUUAACUGACUUGAGUCCUUAGUGAGUCUGGAUGGAGCCACAAGAGGGCUCCUUGCACCCCACGGCCUGCUCCAUGUCACCACACACAGAGUCGCAAAGAGUCACAGAGCCUCAGGCAAGAAUCCAGGGCAACAGACGGCCAGUUCCCAUGGAUGGUAGCUUCCUCGUUUGUGGGCCACCUGUGUUUAGGUCGUCAGAAAAGUUGUACACCCAAGUGUCGAGAACCUCACCAGAUUGGGGAUGGAUUGGAAAAGUAAAUACAGCUGAAAUGAUGUCAGCAAUGAAAUGUCAUCCAGGUGACCAAAAAAAAAAAUCUGUUUCUACAAAACAUUUCCAGGGCCAUAGUUACUGCACGAAACAACAGACACUUGACUGGUGUGGCUUGUUUGGAAGUGAUUAGGGAUUUUUUUUUUAAAAAGAUGACUUCACCUCAUUUCCAGGGUGUAUGCGAUGAUGUCUUGCUUUGAUAAAACCGCUCAUGGAUGACUCCACAAAAACAGAACAAUUCAGGGACACAAAAUACAGGUGGUUUCUGAGCUGACAGCAGCGUAUGCUCUUGAGAAAGGCACCAGCGUGGACUAGCUGUGCCAGCAGAGAGCCAUGAUUCUGAGGGUCUGUUUUUUUUAAUAGAAAGGAUCCCAGAUACUGCUCCAAGUCAAGUGCACAUGGCACAGCUGUACGCUGUGCAAUACACCUUUCUAGAAGAUUUGAGAAUCAUCAGGACAGUGUAGUGAUUAAUCCCACGUUCUUUUCUGUAGCUUCUUUUGGCUUCAUUUCCUUCCAUCUCGUUUUGUUGGGAAAUACUCCCAGGUCAGGAGUUGUGUCAUGCAGAAAAGGCGGCUGAAGGGUGUCAAGCCCGUGAGUCCCCAAGUCCUUGGGCCACCAGCACCAGCUGGAUCAUAGCCUUUAGGUCUGAGUUGCACCCGAAGGCUCCCCUAAGGCCCUGCUUUCUCCUGUCAAGGCCACCUCCUCUGCCCCCAUUCACACCACCUUUGUAUCCACAAUCACGCUGAUUUUUAAAAAUUCACUGUGUUUUUACUGUUUCAUUUCUGGCAUUAAUAAAAGUCUUGGAGGAAUUGUG